AUGUCACAAUCCCUACUUUUGCUCCCUCAACACCCCGCACCAGCUAUACCAGCAACUCUCAGUGCUGCAUACUCUUCAUCAUUAUCAGCGGUACUUUCGAGUCUUAAAACUUCAUCGUCAAGUACCAAGCUUAUAAUUGCACUUGCCUCGUCAAGUUUCAAGGAUCGGUUGAAGGAACCAAGAUCUCAAAUUUACAAUGAGGUGGAGAGGCUACUGGGUGGUCUGUACAGCUUGAUCUGUUCCAUAUGUGCCAAGGAAGAUAUUGAUAUUACAUCCAAGUUACCUGGCGCUGUGGAUUUUCGCAUCGUUUUAUUGGACUAUGAUUCUACACGCUUUUCCACUAACAAGAAUUCUGGGCGUGAUGCCAGUCUUGGGGUUUUGGCUGGCGGUCCUAUCGUUGGACUUCCUCUCUUCGCAAGUACUCGACGCCAAUGGAGCAAAAUAUUUUCAGUGCAAGGCGAGGAAGGACAAAAUUUGCUUCGAGACUUUCUACAUUGCGCAAAUGGGAUUAGUCCUCCUUUACGUGCAGAAUUUCAAAUGGUCAGUGGUGGAGUGAGCAUGAUUCAAAAUACUCUACAGUCUGUACAACCAAAUUCUUCUGCCUCCCAUACUGUGGUGGCAGUUGGUGGCACGUUUGAUCAUCUUCAUGCGGGCCACAAACUUCUGCUUACAGCUACGGCACUUUUAUUACAACCAGCCGCCGGCCUUCAGGACGCUUCCCGGAGAUUGAUCAUCGGUAUCACAGGGGACGAAUUGCUGAAGAAUAAAAAAUAUGCCGAUCACUUGCAGAGUUGGGAGGAACGACAAAAUGACGUCGUUGAAUUCCUCAUAUCGAUUCUUUCUUUCACGCAGACUAGUCAGGAGGAAGCAAUUCAAACAUUUCCAUUGGAAAUUUCAAAUGGUCGAGCAACACAUACCAAACUCAAUGCUUGCUCGAUCACUAUCGAGUGUGUUGAAAUUCAAGAUGCUUAUGGGCCAACUAUUACGGAUGAAUCCGUUACCGCACUCGUUGUGUCUGGAGAAACUAGGUCGGGCGGACAAGCAGUGAAUGAUAAAAGAGUCGAGAAGGGCUGGAAGGCACUAGAAGUUUAUGAAGUCGAUGUGCUCGAUGCGCAAGCUGGUCUCGAGGCGACUCCUACAUCAGACUUUGCUUCGAAAAUCAGUAGUACUGCAAUAAGAAAGCAGAUGGCGGAUCGCGCCCGGACAUCGUCACUCUAA